AAAGGAUGCACGAAGGGACUGUUCCACCAGAGCCAGCACUCCAUCAGUGUCUUCUGCACCAACAUGAUGGAGCGGAACCAGAAAGCUGAGGCCACCGGCUACGCCCACCCCACCCAGGACCUCUUCAUGGAAAACGUCAUGUUCUGUGGGAUGGCAGGCUUCUCUGACUUCUACAAGGCCCAGUGGCUGGAGACCACUGUCAGCUGGCAGAGGCCACAGGAAAGCGGCUUUGGGAAGCCUGCUCCUAAGGAUGAAGAGCUGGUUGCAGCUCGUCCUCACCCACAGCACAUCCUGAGAAGAGUGAGGAGCAGGGAAAAACUGUUCGCAGAUGGCUGCUCCUGCCACAACACGGCCACCACAGUCGCAGCUCUGGUUGGCUUCCUGUACUUCCUGGCAGAAAAUCCCCCAGCAAACAGAGAACAGCCUCCAUCCACACUGUCACCACAGAGCGACUACUGA